UGUGGAUAUUGGGGCGAGUGACCUAACAGCUUUUCAAAUAAGAUAUUUAUCUUAGCCGCGGCAAUAACAUAACCUCAAUGGUCAGCGUGUUUGUUUACCAUUAAUUUGUGAUUUUUCAUUAAAUAAUGCUGAAGUCCUACUUGACGACAGUACCGUUUACGAAAUUUGUUUUAAUAGAUGAUACCCUUAAGAGAAGGAGUACUGAUCUUUACGAAUAUAUAAUAAGACAGCACAUAAACGCAGACGACAGCAAAGUCCAUUAUUUCGUAUUCGAAGGCCGAUUUCAGCGAAUUCGAAAUCAGUAUCUAAACAAACCAAAUACUGUUUUGUAUGAUUUUGUGUCAAACCCAUUAAAGUGGAUUGAAGUUCGGAAGCCUGAGGCGAGUUUCGAGAGCAUUAUAACGCAAUUAGGCGCCCGCGACGUAAUUAUAGUCGAUUCUCUAGCCAAUGUAAUUUUCCAAUAUGGUCUUUCUCAAUCAUAUAAAUAUUUUAAUACAUUAAGAAACAAAGAAGUGCAGCAGAUUAUUACCGUGCUGCAUAAAGAUUUGCUCGAAGAGGAUCACAAUCAAGUGUUUCAAUUUUUUGAGCACUUGAGUACUUUAAGUAUCAGCACAGUGCCCAAAUUUUUUAAUCAAGAAAAAACACUAAGUUAUACUUAUAAAAAGAGUGGUGGGCGAACAAUUCAAGCGAUAGAAAAGUAUAGAUUCGAAGGAGAAUGUCUAGUUACUCAAAAAGUCACUAAACCCGAUCCAGCUGCCAUCACUCAAAACAUUUCAAAGGAUGUAAAUCCGGAAACUCUGUCUACCUUUAGGAUAGGUUUGACGGACGAGGAAAAGGUUUUGCGGGAUAAAGUAGUGCUGCCUUAUUUGCCAAAGUCGGGGGAUGAAGGGGAAUCUAAAAACGAAGGAAAAAUCUACUACGAACUGGACGCCAUGGAUGACUGGGACGAAGAAGACCCGGAUGACGAUUUAGAUAUUUAACGAAAGUUUGAAUCUGUUUAUGUUAUAUUUUUG